UCCCACUCCCUUCUUCUACCGUUUUAUUUCAUUGUUUUCUGUUCCCUUUUCCUUUACCCCCUCAACAACUGCAGCGACUGAUGGAUCACGACUGCUCUGACCCCUCGCUCCCUGGUUCUCUUUCAGCUUCCCACCCUCAGCUCCUUCCCGCCUUCUCCGUGCUCGCCGCCCUGUUUUUUCUGCUUUUGCCGUAUUCCCUUUCGGCCCCACUUCCUGCGCGUCGCCGUUCAAAGUGUUGCACUCUGUCCGUCUACGCUAUAGUAUCGUUUGCCGGGCAUUUCGUUCUCGAGAACCUCGUUAAUUUGAUUUGCUAGACACGCCUCCCAUUUCUUUCCCUGUGCCUUUUCUCUCUCUUGCUCGAGUGAGAA